AUGUCGACGAACCCUGCAUCGAAGGCACCUCCUGAGCCACCACCUCACUCGACAAAAGGGACGGUCGACGACUAUAGAUCCAACAAAUUCCAACUGUCUAUGCCCGCGUACGUUAAAGGCUCGGUCGACACACUCAAAGCCGACGGUUCUAAUUAUACCAAAUGGGAGUUCAAGAUUGGUAGAUGUGUGGAUCGAGUGACCAAGACGACUGAUUACUUGUCUAAAGAUGGAAUGAAGACGAUCGAUCCUGACGGCGAUGCUGUUAUUUACUCUAUGAUCGAACUGGUCGUACCUUUUGAGAUUCAACACCGACUGUCUGGUUCCGCCAAAGACGCAAUCCGUACCAUCCGAAGUCUGUUCUUCUUUCCGAGUCGUAGUGGUCACAUGGCUACGUGGAAGGAAGUGUUGGAGGUCAAGUACGACGACGUGUCAGACAUCGGUGAUUACUUCCGAAAAAUAGACCAGAAGGUCUCUGACCUGGAACGAGCUGGUUUUGAAUGGAAUAAAGAUGUGGUCACUGGCGUCUUAUACCAACUUGGUCUUGGGAACGCUUUCACGAACGUCAACAACACCCUCAAUGCACGCUUGAGAGCCACACCAACCAAUCCAAUCUCUGCUCGAGAAGUUGAAGAAGCUAUUCGUGCUGAGAAGCAGAUACACCAGACCGACAAUAUCGCACCCGCCUUCAGUCAGUUGGAUCUCAAUGCUUUUAAUUCAAACCCGUUGAGACGUGGUGCUGUCAAUACUGGAAACACCUAUCGGCCAGCUGCUCUCACUACGCCUGGACGCGGUAGAGGCGUGUUCAAUUACGCUCCACAACCACCCUAUCGUGUGUCAACACCAACCAGAACCUUACAAUUGACUCCCAAGGUCGUACCACCAACUCCUGGUGUCCCGUCAAAAUUUCAUCCAUCCUUGUAUAAUCAACAUUCACCAUGCUUUAUUUGUCACAACGUUGGACAUUGGUCGGAUACCUGCCCUACAAGAUAUCCUUGUGCCGCCACCACUACGCCUUCUGUCGCUUCGUCUCAACCUCACCAAUCAACUAGUCGCAGUACUCCAACUCAACCCCGUUCUUUCACUUUAAAUCUUAUUGAUGCAAACGGUACGGCAUUUGCCGUCGAGGCGACUGGAGUUGAAGAUGAUGAAGGACCCCUACCCGAAGGCGUGUGGGCGUCGGAGGGCACUUUGACCGAAGUAUGGGAUGCUCAGGACGAGGGCGUGAGUGAUACCGGUGCAACGCACAUGGUGACUGGAAAACUCUCGCACUUAACUGACAUCCGCGCUUUAUCCAGACCGAUCCCAAUAUCGGUGGCGACAAAGGCUCCUAAAGCCUACGUCACGCAUGUGGGGACGAUGCAUAUCAAGAUACGCUCAUAUCAAUUCCUCAAAUAG